AUGGUGAGCCUCACAGGCUCAGUAACUGAUAUCACACCAGCCUUUAUACAGGAAAGUCUACAAAGGUUGGAAGAAGGAGCAGCCGCAAUCGAAAAAGCUACACAGAAAGUUGAAAGCGCACUAAACGAUUUUGCCAUUAAACUCCAAGAAAUACACCCAGAUCUGCCAAACGUCGAAACGGCAUUCGAGGAAGCCGUGGCCGACUCAGAACAAGCAAUAGCUAACGCUUUCGAGUAUGUCACAAUCCUCCACGCUCGCAUAAAGGGCUUUAAGGCGUACAUCGAGCGCUCCCAAGAUGACACCACAACGAACAAGUGGAGCGACACAUCAUCAAUGCAAACUGCAAUCAUAAAGAACCUCGAGCUACCCACAAUCCCCAUUCCAACGUUCAACGGCGAUAUAUGGGAGUGGGACAACUUUUGGGAGCUCUUUAAUACAAAUAUACAUUCAUAA